UCUGCUACUGUAAUCAACUAAUCAUCCAAUAGAUGGUGGUGUCAAAGUACGCAUUUCUCAUAUUCCUUAUGGACCUUUCUAAACCACCUAAACUUUAACAUCCAAACAUAUUCAAAUUUCGAGGGGCAACUUGGAGUCAUUUGCGAAUGUCGCACGAAAAAUAAAUUAGGUGAUAGACUAGAUCUCUAAACUCUGAACUGAGAACCGGCAUCGGUUUUGUAAUCACUCAGCAGAUGGGAAGUUUUUUGUUCCCAUCUGCGAUAAAACGAUGAAUAGAUAUCCUUAAAAAAGAGAUUUGUUCCCAUCUGAAAUGCAACGAUGAACAGAAGUGCUGCUUUUCGCCUUUACAGCUGGUGAAUGGUGCAAGAGUGCAGGGCAUUUAUGACCCUCCUCAAAAAAGCUUCGGCAAUGGCAUUUGACAGAAAAAGGACUCGGUUUUUGAAGAACAAAAUCAGCUUCAAGUUUGAAAAGACGGACCUCGUACCGAUGGGCUGCAGUUCGCUUGUACGCGCACCAUGCUCCCCUGAAGCCAUGCGGGUGGGAUGAUGCAGCACAUAGUUUCCCCAUAAACUCUGUCGGUUGCCCAAUCGGAGAGCGGUGAAGGAUGCAGUGGUGGACGGCUUUUUGGGUUAGGGAGGAAGAACCGGCGCCGCUUGUCUUCCUCUCUUUUUCUGGUCUGUCGUUUCAGGCGUUUAUGUAUGGUGCAUAUAAAUGUAUAGCAAGCGUCUGAUGCUCAAAGAUGCAGUUCGGGUGUUUCUGUCUCCAAGGGUUUCAUGUCCAGAGAUGCAAGUGUUCAGCAUUUCUGAGGGGCUACGGUUUGCAGAAGAGUGUAGAGAUCAGGAAGAGAUGGCGCGGAUGGCACUAGACUUCAAGGCCAAGUCUGUUCUGAUUAUGGUGUUUGCUACGGCUGCUCUGCUGUUCCUCCCCCUCAUGCUGCCGCCUUUGCCACCGCCACCUCCGGUUCUGCUCCUGGUUCCCGUCGCCAUUCUCGCCACCCUCAUCUUCCUAAGUUUGUCUCCAGGGGGCCGGCUCGAAAAGGAAAUCUUGUACGCUUGUUUAACUCUUUAGGGAUUCAACUUCUUGAAUGCAAGUUUUUCCUUGAAGAUCCUGAUUUGCUAGACGAUAUGCAAUCCGAAUUAGCAGCAGAAGACGUCACGUUUUGCUCUUUUUGUAGCAGUAAGCCUCUGUCGAUCAUCUGUCCAUCUAAGUUCCAGCAUAGUUGCAUGUAACAACUUUCAAAUUAAAAUUACAUGCCA